CUUCGACAUGGGCGGAUUUUACGGAAGCACUAUUCCUAUCCGGAUAAGCCAAUCGAUUUCGCGAUCGUUUUGUUUUCUUUCUAAGAAUACACAUACCAACUGUUAACGCGGAGUUCUACAUUGGCGCUGAUGGUACUGUAAGAUGUCACAACCUCAAGUGGGCGUUGAAAAAACACUGCAUCGCAUCGCUUCUGUGAUACGGUACACCAAGACCCAGUGAACACACCUCCAACACCAACAAUAUUUCCCCUUUCUCUCUUUCGGGCGACGAUUUCGUGCUUCGGAGGAUGCACCAGCCUGUACGGCGUACAUCUACAUCUCACCCCACGAUCCAAUCACGAUGCACAUCUCACCAAGAAGAGGGGAAAUUUCCCAUCCGCUUCACUUCAUGGGACCAAGCCAUGUCCGAAAAAAUGAGGCGCAGCGGAAAGACCCUAGUCCUUCUUUGUUGGGUUCCAUGCAGUGAGACCCAUACUUUUUCAUGUUCGUACAGACUACAGUACAUUUUUGCGGUCCUGCGCCGUGGUUGUGUUAGCUUACAGCACGAGUUGUUUUGGGGGGGAGGGCUGCCGGUAUUAAUGGUCUGGUUUCCCCCCAACGGGUCAGCGAGCUGAGGAUUUCCUCCUUUUGGUCUUUUUUGAGGUUGGUUGUGAGUGCGAACUUUGCAAUUGACUUUAAUCUUUAUUUUUUGUUUUUGUUGGUGUGUUUGAGGUCGAUGGGAUUUUGGAUGCGAUGAGGUGCAGAUAUUUGGGCCUGAUGGCUUCGUUUUGGGUGUUGUCGCCUGUUCAUGGACAGGAGGAUAGCAGUCAAUUGAAAGCACCUUUCACCACCAAUGUUCAAUCCUUUGCGCCGAAUACGACUGGCAUAUCACCAUAUACUGGCAACCCAACAACGACUUACACUAUAAGCUUUAAAACAUCGAACGCGAAUCACAAAAACACCACGCUCUUCCUAUGCCAAGCGACAGCGCCUGAUGGAGUUACCACCAAGCUACCCAUAUCAACCCAAAGACUUGGAUGUGAGAAUCACAAUCAUAUAGGGCUAUUUCUAUCUUUCACUAAUUAUCUGUAGCUUAUUGCGCAGGCAACGUUUGUCAUGAGGAGAAGAGUUUAAAAGACUUGAACGGAAUUAUCGAGAAUGAUCAAGAGAGGAAUAUUUUAUUUACUUUGGAGGAUGGAACUCCACCUCCGGGCUACUUCUUUCUAUGUUUUACGAAUGACGAACAGUUUUGUGCCUCGACGAGUAAAGCAUUUCAAAUCCUCGGAUCUAGUACGGCGCCUGGUCUACCUGGUGAACCAGAGCAGCUCAUAUCCGGACUUCAAUUCAACCCUUUUAUCCACCAGUCCGAUACCAGCCCUAGAUAUGUUCGUCCCGAUGGAGGUUUAUUGCCCAGUCAAACUUCUACUCAAUUUGCUACAACAACUAUAAUCCCUCCUACACAAACACCGACAUCAGAUGCUUCAAGUACGCAAGACACCACAACUACCCCCGCACCUCCCAGCGGACUUUCAACAGCAGCAAAAGCAGGAAUAGGAGUAGGAGCUCUAGGAGUAGCCGCAAUCAUCCUCCUAGGGAUAUUAUUAUGUCUCCGAAAAAGACAACGCCAAACCAAAGGCCCCGAUCAAAUCAUGCUCAACCAAAGCUCAGCCGACUCACACGACCUCAUAACCGAAAAAGAAGCAGAAAGAAGCUCCCCAUCCUCAUACGAAGCACCAACCCAAGUAUAUAGCGGAGCCUUAAACCUCCCUCCCAAACCCCAGACACCUACUCGUCACUCGGCACUCUCCCCUUACGAGGAAAUCCCUUCGCAACCGUAUACCGGCUCCGCAGCCGCUAUUCCCAGGCGAAAACCAACCCUAAGUUCAAACAAAAAUGCAAACCCAACAAACAUAAACAACCCCACACCACCCAUAGCAGACCCCUCAUCCUCAUCCCCACCAUCCACAACCACCGCCCUCUCCCCAACAACCACCGUCUCCCCCACCAUAUCCCGCGAAGUCAGCGCAGCAUCCACAAUCGGCCCUCCAUCCCGCAACGACGUCUCACCUCCCGCGCGAAGCUUCGAAGAAUACCGCGACGUUCCUACGACAUAUGCAGAAAGACAUACACCACCCGCCCCAUUCUUGGGAAACGAGAGGAAAUCGAGGGGCUCGAUGAGUGAAGCUGAUCUUGUGCGGUUGACGGAGGAGGAGGAGGAGAGGAGGAUUGAUGCGGCGAUUGAGGAGGCGGAGCGGUUGAAGAGUGUGAAGGGACGGUGAGGGGGUGGUGGUUUUUUGGGUUUCUUGUUGUAUGUUAUUUUUCAAGGGGGGUUUUUUGGGGGUUAAUUUAUAUUUUGUUUUUUACUCUAUCGAUUCUUUGAGUCUUUUUUUGGGGGGUGUUUAUAAUAGGGGGCGUUUUUUUCUUUUUCUGUCGGAUGAUGAGUUUGUAGGUGGGGUUUCUGACGCUUUUCCUGUUGUAUUGUUCUGGGUUUUGGGGAAAAAGGGUGGUUAUGUCUAGAUGUUUUGUUGGAGCCGUGAGGUUCUUUGGGGUGCGGGAUGGAGUGGAGGUGUUGUCCCAGGUGGAUGAGGAUGUGAUGUUUGGGGUUGUGUGUAGGAGGAUACGCUCGUUGUAAAAGGGGGAUGAUGAAUGGAGAUUUUGAGAAGAAAAGAUGUAGUGCCUGCCCUCUCGUCAUAUCGUGAUACCGUAGGAUUUCCAUUGCUUGGUACCUACCUACCUAGUUUACAAGUCAUGUGUAAUACUUGAGGACUUGGGAAGUGAG